GGCAUUUGUAAUUUGAUAUCAAUAUGCUUCUUUAUAAGGCAAGGUCUCCCUUAAAAGCAUUAUGAGCUGGCCAGUUCAACAGAAGUACUACAGGACAGAAGUUUAAAGCGAUUUCUUCCAGUUGUGUUGAACCUUUCUACUCGGGUACUGUACCAUGGCAGACACUCCAGAUUUUCAACUUUACCAACACAAAGGCUUCUACUUCAUAUCGGGGAUUCAUUCAGCGGAAGAUUUGGAUAAACUUAAGGAUUGCGAAAUCAGGGAUACUGACAUUUUUACAAUCACAUACCCCAAAUCAGGAACGAUCUGGAUGCAGCAGAUCUUGUGCUUGAUUGAUGCCAAAGGGGACCUCAGUGUAACAGACAAGCGGCUGAACGCGGAUCGGGUUCCUUGGGUUGAGUUGACAGAGAACGCAAAGAAAUUUGAUUCUGCUCCGUCUCCCCGUAUGCAAGUGUCCCAUCUGCCUUACUACUUGGCACCACAGGGUCUCAGACAAAAAAAGGGGAAGGUCAUUUACGUAGCUAGAAACCCCAAAGAUGUGCUGGUUUCUUAUUACCAUUUCCAUAAACUUGCUGUAAUAAUGGAGACACCAAAGGACUUUAAUGAGUUUUUCAAUAAAUUCAUGGAAGGCAGAGUUUGUGGCAGUUGCUGGUUUGAUCAUAUUACUGGAUGGUAUACACACAAAGAUGAGAUGAACUUUUUAUACCUAACUUAUGAAGAGAUGAUCCAGGAUCUGAAAGCAGCUGUUUUGAAAAUAUGUUCAUUUCUGGGAAAGCAGCUGGAUGAGCAGCAGAUUGCCAAUGUGGUGAAGCAUUGCACCUUUGAACAGAUGAAAAACAAUCUAAAUGCAAACUAUGAGACAAUCUCUGAGAGUCUGCUGAAUCACAAAAUAGGAAAGUUCAUGAGAAAAGGAACUGUGGGAGACUGGAAGAAUCAUCUGACCGUGACUCAGAAUGAGAUGUUUGAUCAAGUUUUCCAGGAACGAAUGAGAAAACUCCCUCUAAAGUUUGUGUGGGACAUCAGUGAAUUCAAGAUUUGCUCUUGAGAUAGCCAUCUACUGAUGGUCACCCCUGAGACCGAAUACUUUUAUUUGUUCUGAAUUAUAAGUAGAGUAUAUAUUAACCCAUAUAGGUGUGUGCAAACUGUAAGAGGAAUCAUACUAUAUCUUUUUGUUUCCAUAUGGCAUAUUUAAACACUUUUUAAUGUUCUGAUUUUUCAAUAAACUAAGAUAAUAUAUUAUAAUAGAAAACUAUAAAUUAAGAUAGUAUAUUAUAUGUUAAACUCAAAUAGGAGUGUACAAACUAUAAAAGGAACACUUUUCUUCAUAUGGAAUAUUUUAAACACUUGUAAUAUUAUGUAUUUUUCAAUAAACCUUUAUCUGGA